AUGGUUGAUGAACUCAUUACCCUAUGUGGGAUUGAUGUAUGCGCUAUACUGUAUAGCGGAUAUCAUUCAGAGCCUGAGGUCUGGCCUUCCCCGUUGGAGGUUCAAAGGAUUAUCACAAAGUUCAAAAGUUAUUCAGAAGUCGGGCAAGGAAGGAAGAAAUUGAACCAAGAGAGCUAUUUGAUGGAGAGGAUUGUGAAGUCAAAAGAGAAAUUGGUGAAAGUGGAGAAAACCAAUUGGGAGAUGGAGAAAUCCUUGAUCCUGUUUGAAUGUCUCCGACAAGAAAAUUUUAUCAACACUUUGAACACAAACGUUUUGAAUGAUCUGGCAUGUGAAAUUAAUGAGAAGCUGAAAGAAAUUACUUUGAAGAUGAAUCAGCUUGACACAAAUGAAAGCACUUAG